AUGUAUAAAGAGCACAUUAUUGAUAAAAUUCAAGAUCAAUUGGAAUUUAAUCAAUACUUUACACGUCAGUGGGACAUUCAUAAACAACAGUGGAUAGCCGCUGCCAGACCAAAUGAAUUAACCGUUGUGAAUAACGUUUCUGAAUCUUUAUUUAAAAAGAUAAAAUAUCACGAUUUUGGCUGCGUUAAAAAUCAAAGAAUUGAUAUUUUUGUCAAAAAUCUUUUAGAAGAAGUUGCACCCAAUUACUUUUAUCGUAUUAAAAACGAUUUACUUCAAACAGGUUUUAUUCCUUCAAUUAGAAUUCGCGAGCCUCGAUUGACAGAUUAUAAAACAAAAUUGAAAAGAGAAGUUCAAUCACGUUUAUACCAAGUAUUAAAUUUUGUUCAGAAUCAAGAAGCCAAAUUGAAUCCAUUAAGAUUUUUAUUGGAAAAUGCUGAAGAAAAACUUUCUCAAAUAAAUGAGAAGAUACAAAAUUCAAUUACAUAUUUAAGAUCGUUUGAAAUUCCAAAUGAAUUGUUAGAUACGUAUAUGUUAGAAAUUAAUGAAUUUUGUUAUAAUUCUCCAGGUUAUAUUUUAGAACAUUUCGAAGAAUUUUUGGAGGAUUUCAAAGAAAAGAAUAAUUUAAUAGACUAA